AUGUCACUAGCAGAGAAUCAAAAGCGCACGGCGCAAGCGUUCGUCGACGGCUAUAACGAGUGGACAAUCGAAGCCCUCAUGCGGCCGCGCUCAGACGACUGCGUACACGCCAGGCUGCCGGCCUCGCUGAACAGACCAGAGCGGAACAACGAAGCUUACACCACGUUCUUCCAGCCGCUGUCUAAGACGGUAAAGGAGAUGAAGAUGAUCACUCAAAAGAUCGUCAACGACACGGAACAACACAUGGCUGUCUUACAUGCUCGGGGUUACGGCGAGACACCUGUCGGGCCGUACAGGAACGAGUACGCCUUCUUCUUCUACUUCAACGAGGAAGGGACAAAGGUCGUGAGAGUGGAGGAGUUCGUGGACUCGGAGUUUAGUAAUGGGUUCUUCGCUAGAAUGCAGGAAUACAUGAAGGCGCAGAAGGGCGAAUAG